AUGGGACUUCGCACGAGGGCGAGGCCGACGGGACAAGGAUGUGAAGAGCAACUAAGCUCACAAAUCCAGCGAGUGAAUGCCGUCGUCCCAUCGCCGCACGUGCUGAGCUGCCUUCCCCGCCGGAAGGCCCCACUCCGAUCCCAUGGUCCCGUGACCUCCCGUCUGGGGUUGGCGUCGUUCGGCAGAAUUACCGGUAUCGUCGGCGGUAUCGAUAAGACAGUCCAGCCCCGUCCAUCCUCGGUCGUCCGCUUUGCGCUUCUCGAUCCAGUAUAUUCCGUACCCUCAUCGGCGCCCCGACCUCAAAUGGCAUCCGUGAAUCCCCAACUGCCCGUGGAGUCGGCUUCGUUGUCCGCCUCUCUCUAUGACGUGUUGAUAUACCUGCACCAAAAUCAAUAUCCCCAUGUUCCCAACCCGCCGUCAUGUAAGAAACGUGCUUCGGUAGCUCUCGUCCUUCGAAUCCGACCCACAUAUAAUCAUUGGCCCACCUCCGAGGGCGCUUCGGUGCCUCUUCCAGGCCACACCGUUCCGGUCCCCGAACGAUUGACAUCUUUCUUCUCUCAAGACUGGGUUCGGAAUGGAGACCCGGAGGUUCUCUUCAUCAAACGGGCGUCUCGCGCCGGGGACCGCUGGACUGGCCAUGUUGCCCUCCCAGGAGGCAAACGGGACCCGGAAGACGUCGACGACAAGGCGGCUGCUGUUCGAGAGGCCUCGGAGGAAGUAGGGCUGGACCUGACAACGGAGGACUGUAUACACGUGGGGAAUCUGCCAGAACGGGUGGUCACCACCAGCUGGGGCUCGGUACCGUUGAUGGUUCUCUGCCCUUUUAUCUUUCUGAUGACUCGUAGCGACUCCCCCCCUCUACGUUUGCAGCCAACAGAGGUGGCCUCUACCCAUUGGGUCCCCUUGCGGGCCCUUCUGUCGCCAUCGUUGCGGACGGUGGAAAACGUGGAUAUGUCUCAGCGGCUCUCGAACAUGGGUGGGAUUAUACCGCGAUUCGUCUAUCGCUGCACACUGGGCAUGAUGCAAUUUUCGGCCGUACGCCUACGGCCAACGGAAAGCUUGCAGUCUAACACGACACCGGGAGUGAUCCCCGACGAUUAUCUGGCGCCUCCCGUCUCGCCUUUGCGGCGAUGGACGACGUGGUUCUCUGGCCGUCAACCCGACCCUGCUCAGCAGGAACGGCCGUUGCUCCUCUGGGGCCUGACCCUCGGGAUUUUGGCCGAUUUUUUGGAUAUGCUUCCGCCUCAUACUGCGGUGAAAUUGUGGAAAUAUCCGACGUUCACCACGCCGGAUCUGUGGUUGAUCGUAACAGUACUGACUUACCGCCUGCGAAAACGCAACCAGCUCCAGAUCCAGUCGGGCGCGCGACCUAGCAAUACAGCGGUGGACGGUCAAACGGCGGCGCUGCCAGUAACGCAGACGACCGAUGACAACAACGAAGUGGGCAUCGGGGGACUCGGCGUUGGCCGAUACUACGGACCAUCCGACAAGGUUCCGGAUGGAAGUAAAUACGCCGUGGGAAUCAUGCUCAAAGGCUACUAUUCUCGGUUGCGGGUUGCCGUCUCUAUCUUCCUGGCCUGGCGGGCAGUCGUCGGAUCUCUGGCGGCGGUAUAUAUUUGGCGGUUCAUUCGACGGCGGCAAUAA